AUGGCAGACGCGUCCAAGUUGCAUCCUGCAACUACAGUCACUAAUAUCAAAUCGUGCAUUCCUAUUGUUCUUGACUAUGAAGGAAGCCAAUACAAUAACUGGGCUACCCUCUUCAAGCUCCAUUGCCGAGCAAACUUGGUUAUUGAUUACAUAUUACCUCCUACCUCUACCAUUGUCUCAUCCCCAACAACCGCAGCCGAGAAAAUUGCUGCAAAGGCUCUAUGGGAAUGGCUAGAUGACAUCGUACGGCAAUGGAUAUAUGGUACGAUAUCGAAUGAUCUUCUCAACACGAUCAUUCAUCAAGAGGACACCGCAGCCGAGGCUUGGAAUCACCUUGUUCAUCUCUUCCAGGACAACAAAUCGGGUAGGGCUCUUGCUCUUGAUGCAAAAUUCACGAACACCAAAUUGGUGGAUUUCCUGAACGUGAAAGCAUACUGUACCAGGCUCAAGUUUCUUGGAGACAACCUCGCCAACGUCGGCCACAAAGUCUCCGACGAACGUCUUGUGCUCCGUCUUCUGCGUGGGUUAUCGGAAGAAUAUAAGAAUUUUCGAACAACGGUGCAGCACCGUACUCCUCUCCCAUCCUUUGAAGUUGUGCGGUCGAUGCUCGACCUUCAGGAAGACAGCAAUGGCGAGGACGCCAUUCACGAAUCAGGUUCGAAUGCUGCUCUCGUUUCCCACAAUAUUCAUUCUCAUAAUUUCUCUGUUAAUGGGCAGCCCAACAAUUCUGAAAAUACCUCCAAUAAUCGAGGAAAUUCCCACAAUCGUGGAAAGAAGAACAACCGCGGUCGUGGCGACGGGAACCACAACAACAACCGUGGUGGUGGUGGGAAUGGCCAGAACAGCGGCGGGGGCAACCGGAACAACCACCAGACCAGUCUGCCCGCCGCGUUGCAGGACCAAGGAGCUCCUGCCCAGCCUUGGUUUUUCCCUCCUUGGGCUUCUUGGGGGCCACAGCCGUAG